AUGGACUACUCGCGGCUGAAAGCUGCUGCUAUGCAGGGCGGCGAAGACGAAGAAGCCGUCACUGUCGAUACCCGUGCCUUGAUCGAUAAGGUCCUUGCCAGAUACUCCGGCGAAUGGACAACAUUGCGAGAGCUGAUCCAAAACGCCGCCGAUGCCCAAGCAACGACCGUAAAGGUCAAGUGGGAGACAUUGCCUUCGACUUCAGUAGCACUUCCAGCUACCACGAACCGUUCCGAACUCCUCAAGCAUGUUAUUGCGAACCACACACUGCGUCGCUUGGUCGUGGCAAACGACGGUCAGCCAUUCACCAAGACGGAUUGGGGAAGAUUGAAGAGAAUUGCUGAGGGAAACCCCGAUGAAACAAAGAUUGGCGCAUUUGGUGUUGGAUUCUACAGCGUCUUUGCCGACUGCGAAGAACCCUUUGUGAGCUCCGGAAACGAGGCCAUGGCAUUCUACUGGAAAGGGAAUGCUCUCUUCACCAAGAAGUCUACUCUGCCCGCGGACCAGAGCAGUUCCGACACUACCUUUGUCCUCGACUACCGCAAUUCCACCACGCCUUUGCCGAAUCUUCUGUCCGUCAGUCAGUUCCUCGCCACGAGUCUGACCUUUGUUGCUCUGCAGCAUGUCGAGUUUUGGAUAGACGACUACAAGAUUCUGGAUCUUCACAAAAAGACCUCGCCUAGCCUCGACGUGCCCAUCCCGAGAGACAUCGAAACACGGACAAGAGAAGGGUUGAUGAAGGUCAAUUCUGUCGAGCGCACCAGCACUCAGAUCGAUGCAGCUGUUAUGAGUGUCGCCGGAUGGAAGCCCAAGGCUGCAACGGCGGCCAAGGCAGCCGACCAGUACGGUCUUGGGUCCGAAGUCCCAUCGCUCCGAAGCUUCUUCUCGAGACUGACAUCCAGCGCUUCACAAGCCACUGCCAAAGGAAAGCAGCUGAAAGAGGAAGCAGCGGCUCAGGAGGAGAUCAGCGAGGAUGUCACCAAGAUUUCUACCUCGACCAUCUUUCUCCGAGUAACAACCGCCUGGGUCAAGACCAGUGUAUCGACAUCAUUCGCCACGGAGCUGGAGCGUGCCACGAAGAAACCACCGCCAAAGACUACAAAGCUUGCCAUCCUCACUUCAUCGUACGACGAAACCAUGGCUUCAGAGAGCUCACGCUCCGACACCAUCUCUAAGUCGGUGGACGUAUUCGCUUCAGUACUGCCCAGUAAGAAACCAGGUGGCCGCAUCUUUAUUGGGUUCCCUACAACACAAACAACUGGUGCCGGUAUGCACAUCUCCGCUCAGUCAGUUAUCCCUACUGUUGAGCGUGAGGCGAUUGACCUCAAUGCACGAUGGGUCAGAACAUGGAACAUCGAAAUGCUCCGAGCGGCUGGUAUCAUGACAAGACUUGCAUUCAUCAAUGAGAUGAGCGACCUCGAUUCAAAGAUAAAGAAACUGGUUGGAGCUGCAACCAAGAUUCCGGCUGAAGACCUUGCCAAGCUCUUACCCGAAGCGCUUCACAUUCUCAAGACAUUCACUUUCACUGACUCCACACCAAGCGGCCAGGUUUCCCAGAUUCUUGAGGAAGCAUUCUGGACGGCUUUCAAAAAGGCUUCCAUCGAAGUCUUUUCUUCCCGGGGGGUCCUGUCCAGUACCAAGGUGCGACUUGGCUCCGAUGAGCUCAGCAAAUUUGUUGAUACCAUCCCUGUUGUGCCUCGCGAGCUUAUGGAGAACGCUUUCGUGAGGAAGCUGAUGGACUUUGGUCUCAUCAGCCCAAUCACUGUGGAUGACGUUCGGACAGAGCUGGAGACCAAGGCCAUGAACAAGGAGCAACUCAUCAACUUCAUCAGCUGGGCCGGAAAGAAGGCCCUUAGCGGAGAGUUGGAUCCUCCCAGCAAAGCCCGUCUCCUCGAUGUUGCUGUCGCGACUGUCAGCGAGGAUGGUAGUGACCAAGGCGAUAUCAUUGCGCUUGGUUCCAUCACGAACUACCAGGCAGCAAACAAGAUUCCAGCGAAUCUGCCCAUUCCGCCGAGUACUAUCCCUCUGGCAUACACCACCACCUGUUCCGCUCCCGAGUUACAGGCUCUUGGUUGGGAGCCUCUUGAGAUUGUGCCUUGGCUGCGGUACUUGCUCGAGUUCAGUUCCAGCAGACCUGACGAACAGAAUCUGAAAAAGUCUUCCAAGUUCGCAGUUCAAGUUCUUACAGUGCUGUCCAAGAACUGGGACAACACCAGCCAAAGUUCCAAAGGGACUAUUGUUACCCUUCUUCAAGCUCAUACCGUCAUGCCGACAAAGACUGGUAUGAAGAAGCCAACUGACUCUUUCUUCCCUAGCGUCAAGCUUUUCGACGACCUGCCUACCAUUCAGGGCUGCCAGGGCUUGAAGGAGAAGUUUCUUUCAGCCAUUGGAGUGCGCAAAACUGUCGAUCUUGACACCAUCUUCUCUCGACUCUUGAGUCCUUCAGCCGAGGGUGGUGCCCAGAGGUGGAGCCAUAUGGAACUCAUCAAGUACCUUGCCUCUGUCAAGGACGAUAUUCCGGCUGCCGACAUGAAAAAGCUUAAGGAGACCCGUUUCUGUCCCGCAGAAGCCGGACCAAAAGCCGCGGAGCCCACCAAAGGCACUACUGAGUUGUACAAGGUCUCGGAGUUGUUUGAGCCCCAGGACACACUGAGAGCUCUCAGACUGCCAGUUUUGCAGUGGCCUGGUCCACCCGGAAGUUACAGGCCAAACAGUCCUGAAGGUCGUUUCUUAUCGACCUUGGGCCUACGGCCAUACCCGUCUGUUAUAGAGAUGGUCAAUAUGAUGUCUUCAAAUGAUGCGGAACUGAGGGUGUCCGCAAUGACCUACUUCAUUACAAACCACCACCUCAACGGCUACGGAGCUUUCAAUCUCGCUGAUAGUCGCAAAGCUUUCUUGCCUCUUCAGAAUGACAACCGACUGGUUACACCCUCGGCUUGUUUCACGAACGAUCGUGCCGCCGUUCUGGGCUUUGAUAUUCUUAAGAAGGAGCUUCAUGUGCAUGCUAACAAGUUCGGUGUGGCGAGGGACCCACCCAUCGCUGAGUGCGUCUCUCGUUUGCUGGCCAAGCCACCUCAGGAUCGACAGGCCGCAGUCACUCUCUUCGAGUACUUUGCUCUGCGUAUCGGUGAUCUGGGCGAAGGCAGCCUGGCCAAGUUGCGAGAUGCACCUAUUGUUCCCGUCACAAGGAAAUCUCGUGAUGGCAACGAGAAGUCCGGUUCUUACACCACCCAUAUCAGCCCCCGGCGGUGCUACUUGGGUACCUCUGCAACGUAUGGCGACAUCUUUGACUUCGUCGACUAUGGGGCAAAUGCCAACACUUUCUUGUUUAAGUGUGGCGCCAAGAACGAACCAACGAAGCCAGAGAUUGCACAUCUUGCUUGCAGCGAGCCUGCUCGACUUCUCAGCAUCCUUCAGAGUCCGGAUAAGUACCUCGCUCUUUUGAAGUCACUGGCCGAGAACAUGUCAACUCUGAAGAGGGACAAAGAACUCAUCAGAAAAAUGAAGUCUUCUCCUUUCCUGCUCGCCGCCAAAGAGAUUGCAUCGCCACCAUCCAAGGACAAGCUUAUUGACAUCGAUGACGACGACGCGCCUAUCAAGCAGUACCAGCUAGCCGCGGCCAACCGCAUUGUCAUUCUGGACGACAUUAUCAGCUAUCGCCUGUUCAAGGAUUACUUGAUUACUGCACCUGAAGAGGAAGUUCUGGAAGAGUUUUACCACCAACUUGGCGCUUCGACGUUGAGCUCGCUCGUGCAAGAGGAGGUGAGGAUUGGUCCCCAUGUAGACAAGCAAGACCGGGCAGCCACAUUGCGAAAGCACGUCCUUGAGCGCUCCAAGAUCUUCCUCCACGAAUAUUCGAACUACCGACGGGACUAUAUCAAGCAUGAUGCCAAGUGGCUGGAGAAGAGCUUACAAGUCGAACUUGUUCGUUCCGUCGCACUUCGUCGCUCGCUCAAGGGCCAUAGUCACUCUCAUACGGAGAAGAGAUCUGCCGCCAGUGCUCAGUCCGGGUCAACCUGGAUUCUGUACGUGGCAGCUGAAGGACAACCUGAUAUGUACCAGGUCGGCCAGGCCAUCUGCCAGCUCCUCCUGUCUCGGCCGAAUCAGCAAGCUUAUCUCUUUUUCGAGCCCUUCCUUACCCUUGACCUUUACGGAUUGCGAGCCCGAGGUUACAACGUCGACCGAAUUCUGCGAGCCAAGGCUGCUGAGGCAAGGUUUGCUGAGGAGGAGCGUCGGAAGGCACUGGAAGCUGAGCAGAAGCGGAUUCAAGAAAAAGAGCAAGAAUGGGGCCAGCAAGCCAAGGCUGCUGAGGCUGCUCGGCAGGCCACGAGAACCCCCGAGCCAGUCAUGCCGGGCUCCUUUAUGAAUGACAGUCCGGAUGACUCUCACAAGCUACCCCCUCCACAACAGUCACGGAAGGGCAAGGGUCUCUUCUCAAACCUUACGCGUCGCUUUGGCUUCGACACAAAUGAGGACGAUGAGGCGGAAGACCAGCUUCAGAAAUUCAUCGACAAGCCACUUGAGAACCAGUCGCAAGGCGUUCCACCCCAUCCCAGCAGCGAUACACAUAAGCCGAAGGACGAUGGCCGCGUGACGAACCCGGCAACCGUCGGACAGAACCUGCUGAACGCCAUCAACUCUACCAGAGCUCAUGACUCUAACACUGUCUUCUCGCCACCGAGCGUAAACGAAGUCAAGGAACAGGCCACGUACUGUGACAGCACCCCGUCGCAGAAUAUUGUUUUCGCGGCUGAAGCAUCGAAUGGAAUGAAGGUCUUCGUCUCCAAGAAUCUAUCAAUGGAACCGGUUCAGUUCCUCUCAAAUUACCACGGACCCAUCAAUGCGUUCGCCUCUCUUCUCACAGAGGUUGGCGGCGUUUACUCGCUCUCUCCACGAGUUCUUCACAUUUUCUACGACGAGUCAGGUUCCACCAUUGCAUUCAACAGCAGCGGCAGUGUAUUCUGCAAUCUGCGGUUCUUCUUGCAGCUGCAUGCAAACAAAAUGACCAGAAACCUAUCAGGCGAGGCAAAGGCCGAGGCGGCCGUGUGGUGGUGGGUUGUGCUGGCUCACGAAUUGGCGCACAAUUUGGUUCAACCUCACAACUCAGACCACAGCUACUACACGUAUGUUAUUGUUUCUUUGGCUUUUCUGGAUAACAAUCUAACAUCGCACAGUGAAUCAUUCAUCCAGCAAUACUUCGCCAAGAUGGUGGUCAAAACAGCACAGUGGACUCAGCAGGCCGCUUCUGCUCCUCCCGCUCUUCCACCGGCCCCCUCCCAGUCUCAAACUCAGGCGCAGCCGCCCCCUUCCUAUCAAGAGAGCAAUAGACAGCCGCCAGGCAACUCAAGAUACACCUUGUUUGAUUAG